UCCCAUCCUUUCUCUAUCUUGUUUUCUUCCUUCUUUCUCUCUCUUUCACCCACACUGUUGUCUGAUUGUGGCACUCCAUCGUCUUCCUCUCAUCAUCUUUCCUCACAAAACCCUAAUUUAUUUUUUCAUCUCCAUUAAAAUAACAAAACCCAUCUUCACCCACAUGGAUCUUUCUCUCAGGAUCUCCAUUGCUCUGCUUUUACUGACAAGAGGUGUUUUAGGAUCAACAUUCACAUUUGUAAACAAAUGCGAUUACACAGUCUGGCCAGGAAUCCUAGCCAAUGCCGGUACACCAAAACUAGACAGCACCGGAUUCGAACUUCCAACAGAAACCUCCCGUACAUUCCAAGCACCCACAGGCUGGUCUGGUCGUUUCUGGGCAAGAACAGGUUGUAACUUUGACGGAUCCGGAUCCGGUUCAUGUAUAACAGCCGAUUGUGGUUCAGGUGAAGUAGAAUGCAACGGCGCCGGAGCAUCACCGCCUGCAACACUAGCCGAGUUCACUCUGGGUUUCGGCGGUGGUCAAGAUUUCUAUGACGUGAGUCUAGUUGAUGGUUACAAUAUAGCCAUGAUAGUUGAAGCAAACGGCGGCGGGUCGGGUUUAUGUGCGACGACGGGUUGUGUUACAGAUUUGAAUAGACAAUGUCCGGCGGAACUUAGAGUUGGAAAUGGGUUUGCUUGUAAAAGCGCGUGUGAGGCGUUUGGGAGUCCUGAGUAUUGUUGUAGCGGCGCGUUUAAUACACCGGCGACAUGUAAACCGUCGGUUUAUGCUCAGAUGUUUAAAUCGGUUUGUCCUAGGUCUUAUAGUUAUGCUUAUGAUGAUCCAACUAGUACUUUUACUUGUGCUGGUGCUGAUUAUACGGUCACGUUUUGCCCUUCAAUGCCAAGUCAGAAAUCAACAUGGGAUUCUCCGGCCACCACCGGUGCCGGAGCUAUAACCGCCGGAGAUACCACCAACAACAACAAUAACAACAACAGUCCUGGUUCAUUUACCGGCGCCGGCGGGGGAUCUGGGUCGGGAUCGGAAGCAAUGUUAGCAGAUGGGUCUUGGAUGGCGGGUUUAGCAAUGGGUGGGUCAACUAGGAUGAUGAAUAGUAAUUUUCUUGAUAUGGGUUUUGUUUUGAUUUUGAUGGGUGUAAGUUUUGUUUUUUAGUGAAGAUGAUUUUGGAUAGUGAAUAGGAAACCGCCAUUGAUGUAUUGAUGUAUGAGCUGCCAUGGCGGUGGCAGCUUUUAUGGGGGAGGGGGGGAAAGAGACCACUGAAUUAAGCCAGAUUGUUACCCACUCUUGUGUCGGUUUCCCAUAAAUAUUAUUUUUUUUAUAUAUUUUUUAUUGGCCGUUGGAAUUGGGAAUCUUGAUAAGAACAUGAUUCUUGAUUAUCGGACAAUUAUUUAUUAAUUAAUUUAAAUAUAAUAAUGAUAAUAAUAGGAGUAAUUCU